ACACUCUCGUAUAAUCUUAAUCGCACACUAUGGGAAUUUAUCAAAUAUAACUCACAUUUAGUUUUCUUGAACGUCAAUUGUUUAAGUUCUUCUAGUAUACAAAAUAAUAAAUGUUUAAAAAAAUCAGGCUUUGACCCUGUGAUGCUUUCUUAUGUCAAUGUUUAGCAAUUCUUCAGCCUUAGGCGACGACGCCACUAAUUUAGGUCUUAAAGUGUCACUAGCAAGAAAUAUUUCGAGAAAAAGAACUCAUUCCGAGGACAGUAUGAAUGAAUUUAGCGAUCUUAAUAAUCUGGACAAUAGUACUCAAAAAAGAGCUAACUUUUCAGCACUAUCGCAAAAUGGAGUUUUUAGAACUAAUCCUGUUACAGUUUCAAAACCAGGACUUACUAAAAAAUUAAUUAUUAAAAAUUUUAAACCUAAACCUAAUUUGCCAGAUAAUUAUCAAGAAAAGACAUGGGGAAAGCUAAGAGAAGCAGUCAUAGCUAUUCAAACUUCAAAAUCUAUUGUUUAUACUUUAGAAGAACUUUAUCAAGCUGUUGAAAAUAUGUGCAGCCAUAAAAUGGCUUCACAAUUAUAUGUUAAUUUAACAGGUUUAACUGAACAGAAUGUGAAAGCUAAUAUUGAAAACUUUCUGUCAAUGACCAUGGAUCGAGAUAUCUUUUUGAAAAUGAUGAAUGAAAGUUGGCAGGCUCACUGUAGGCAAAUGAUAAUGAUUAGAAGCAUUUUUUUAUAUUUAGAUAGAACAUAUGUUUUACAAAAUCCAUCAAUACACUCUAUUUGGGAUAUGGGUUUAGAUUUGUUUAGAAACCAUAUCGCACUAAACAAUUUAGUACAAAAUCGAACUGUUGAUGGUUUACUGAUGCUUAUUGAAAGAGAGAGGCAAGGAGAGUCAGUCGAUAGAACUUUGUUGAAAUCUUUAUUGAGAAUGUUAUCUGAUCUUCAAAUUUAUGAAGAAGCUUUUGAAGAGAAAUUUUUAACGGCAACUGAUCGUCUUUAUAAAACAGAAGGUCAAUAUCUUAUGCAGGAGUUUGAAGUUCCAGAAUAUUUAUCUCAUGUUGACAGACGGCUUCAGGAAGAAAAUGAGCGAUUAUUGCAUUAUUUAGAUUCAAAUACGAAAUGGCAGCUUAUUCAUUCUGUUGAACGGCAACUGUUAUCAGAACAUUUGACUACUAUAUUACAGAAAGGUCUAGAAAAUUUAUUAGAACAAAAUCGACUUUCAGAUCUUACAUUAUUAUAUUCUUUAUUUUCACGUGUUAAAAAUGGCAUGAAUGAACUAUGUACACAUUUCAAUUGUUACAUCAAGAAAAAAGGUCGUACAAUUGUGAUAGAUCCAGAAAAAGAUAAAACCAUGGUACAAGAACUUCUAGAUUUUAAAGAUAGAAUGGACAAUAUAGUAAAAACAUGUUUUGUGAAGAAUGAAAAGUUCAUAAAUUCUUUGCGUGAGGCAUUUGAAUAUUUUAUUAAUCAAAGGACUAACAAACCUGCUGAACUUAUAGCUAAAUUUGUGGAUUCCAAAUUAAGAGCUGGUAACAAAGAAGCUACCGAGGAAGAAUUGGAACGAAUAUUAGAUAAAAUAAUGGUGCUGUUCAGAUUUAUUCACGGAAAAGAUGUUUUUGAAGCAUUUUAUAAAAAAGACCUGGCAAAGCGUUUAUUAGUAGGAAAAUCUGCAAGUGUGGAUGCUGAAAAAUCAAUGUUAUCUAAAUUAAAACAAGAAUGUGGUGGAGGUUUUACAUCUAAGCUUGAAGGAAUGUUCAAAGAUAUGGAACUCAGUAGAGAUAUUAAUAUUGCCUUCAAACAGCACAUGUGUAGUAUCAUGGAUAAAGAAUUUAGUAAUAUUGAUUUGACUGUGAAUAUUUUGACUAUGGGAUACUGGCCUACUUACCCUGUUGUUGAGGUUAAUAUUCCAUCCCAAUUAGUGACUCUGCAAAAUGUCUUCAAUAAAUUCUAUUUAAAUAAACACAGUGGAAGAAAAUUACAGUGGCAACCUACUUUAGGUCACUGUGUGUUGAAGGCUUCAUUUGAUCAGGGACCCAAAGAAUUACAGGUUUCAUUAUUUCAAGCCUUGGUCUUGCUGUUAUUUAAUAAUUUAAAUAUAACCACAUUUGAAGAUAUUAAAACAUCAACAAAUAUCGAAGAUGGUGAACUUCGUCGCACUUUGCAAUCUUUAGCUUGCGGCAAGGCACGUGUAUUACGGAAAAAUCCAGCAGGUCGUGAAGUACUAGAUGGCGAUAAAUUCCAAUUUAAUAAUGAAUUUACUAAUAAAUUAUUCAGAAUAAAAAUAAAUCAAAUACAAUUGAAAGAAACGAAUGAGGAACAAAAAUCAACUGAAGAAAGUGUUUAUCAAGAUCGACAAUAUCAGAUCGAUGCUGCGAUUGUAAGAAUAAUGAAGAUGAGAAAAACCCUAGGACAUAAUUUACUGAUCAGUGAACUCUAUGAUCAGUUGAAGUUUCCUGUCAAGCCAGCUGAUUUGAAAAAACGAAUUGAAUCUUUAAUUGACAGAGAUUAUAUGGAACGUGAUAAAGACAAUCCCAAUCAAUACAAUUAUGUUGCCUAAAUAGCCUAGAAUAAUAUAAUGAAUUAAAAAUUGAUUUAAAUAACGCUUUAUUGUGUUAUAUAAUUUAAAUCGAAAGUAAAUUUAUUUAUUUAUUAGUUGCUAUAUCUAUUUGCAAUUGUAAAUACAGUAUAAAAUAAAG